AGAUUUAUGAAGAACUCCUCUGGUUUUUUGGUAUUUCAUCAUAUAUAUACAACUGAGAUUUCAAACCUUUUAGACUGUUCUUACUAGACCAAAAAGAAUGACAUCCAUUAUCAAAUUAACUACUCUCUCUGGGGUCCAAGAAGAAUCAGCCCUUUGCUAUCUUCUCCAAGUUGACGAGUUUCGAUUUCUAUUGGACUGUGGCUGGGAUGAGCACUUUUCUAUGGACAUUAUAGAUUCCCUGAGGAAGCACGUUCACCAGAUCGAUGCCGUGCUGCUGUCCCACCCAGACCCCCUCCACCUUGGGGCGCUCCCGUACGCUGUUGGGAAGUUGGGUCUGAACUGCGCUAUCUAUGCGACCAUCCCUGUGUAUAAGAUGGGACAGAUGUUCAUGUAUGAUCUUUACCAGUCUCGACACAAUACAGAAGAUUUUACACUCUUUACCUUAGAUGAUGUGGAUGCAGCCUUUGAUAAAAUACAGCAGCUAAAAUUCUCUCAGAUUGUGAAUUUGAAAGGUAAAGGACAUGGCUUGUCCAUCACACCUCUGCCAGCUGGUCAUAUGAUAGGUGGGACAAUAUGGAAAAUAGUCAAAGAUGGAGAAGAAGAAAUUGUUUAUGCAGUUGACUUCAACCACAAGAGGGAGAUCCACUUGAAUGGAUGCUCCCUGGAGAUGCUGAGCAGGCCCUCCCUCCUCAUCACAGACUCGUUCAAUGCGACAUAUGUGCAGCCACGAAGGAAGCAGAGAGAUGAGCAGCUUCUGACAAAUGUCCUGGAAACACUUCGAGGUGAUGGAAAUGUAUUAAUAGCAGUGGACACAGCAGGCAGAGUUUUGGAACUUGCUCAACUUCUUGAUCAGAUUUGGAGAACUAAAGAUGCGGGAUUGGGUGUUUACUCAUUGGCACUUCUAAAUAAUGUCAGUUAUAAUGUGGUGGAGUUUUCUAAGUCCCAGGUCGAAUGGAUGAGUGAUAAAUUGAUGAGAUGCUUUGAGGACAAAAGAAAUAACCCCUUUCAGUUUCGCCAUCUCUCUCUGUGUCAUGGCCUAUCUGACUUGGCUCGGGUACCCAGCCCCAAAGUUGUGCUUGCCAGCCAACCUGACCUGGAAUGUGGAUUUUCAAGGGAUCUCUUUAUUCAGUGGUGUCAGGACCCUAAAAACUCGAUUAUUCUAACUUACAGAACAACUCUUGGGACUCUAGCACGUUUCCUAAUUGAUAAUCCUUCUGAAAAAAUUACAGAAAUAGAGUUGAGGAAACGUGUGAAGCUUGAAGGGAAGGAACUUGAGGAAUACUUGGAAAAAGAGAAGCUAAAGAAAGAAGCUGCUAAGAAACUCGAGCAGUCCAAAGAGGCAGAUAUAGAUUCUAGUGAUGAGAGUGACAUUGAGGAAGACAUUGACCAGCCCUCUGCUCACAAGACCAAGCAUGACCUGAUGAUGAAGGGCGAAGGCAGUCGGAAAGGAAGUUUCUUCAAACAAGCAAAAAAGUCUUAUCCUAUGUUUCCUGCCCCAGAAGAAAGAAUUAAAUGGGACGAAUAUGGAGAGAUUAUCAAACCAGAAGAUUUCUUAGUGCCAGAGCUUCAAGCUACUGAAGAAGAAAAAAGCAAACUGGAAUCCGGUUUAACCAAUGGUGACGAAGCCAUGGACCAGGACUUGUCUGAUGUCCCCACUAAGUGUGUGUCUGCAACAGAAUCCAUUGAGAUAAAAGCCAGGGUUACUUACAUAGACUAUGAAGGACGCUCUGAUGGAGAUUCCAUUAAAAAAAUCAUUAAUCAGAUGAAACCACGGCAGCUGAUCAUUGUCCAUGGCCCACCAGAGGCCAGUCAAGAUUUGGCAGAGUGCUGCCGUGCAUUCGGUGGGAAGGAUAUCAAGGUGUAUGUGCCAAAGCUGCACGAAACAGUGGAUGCCACAAGCGAGACACACAUAUACCAGGUGAGACUGAAAGACUCACUUGUCAGCUCCCUUCAAUUCUGCAAAGCAAAGGAUGCCGAACUGGCAUGGAUUGAUGGUGUCCUUGACAUGCGGGUCUCCAAGGUGGACACGGGGGUCAUCUUAGAAGAGGGAGAGUUGAAGGACGAUGGAGAGGACUCUGAGAUGCAGGUGGAUGCCCCUUCUGACGCCAGUGCCAUCGCACAGCAGAAGGCCAUGAAGAGCCUGUUUGGGGAUGAUGAGAAAGAAGCAUGCGAGGAGAGUGAGGUCAUCCCCACCCUGGAACCCCUGCCACCACACGAGGUUCCUGGACAUCAGUCAGUUUUUAUGAAUGAACCGAGGUUAUCAGACUUCAAGCAAGUUCUUUUGCGAGAAGGGAUUCAGGCUGAAUUUGUGGGAGGUGUUCUUGUUUGCAACAAUCAAGUUGCCGUGCGCAGAACGGAAACUGGACGCAUCGGAUUAGAAGGCUGCCUUUGUCAAGACUUUUAUAGAAUACGAGAUCUUUUAUAUGAACAGUACGCCAUUGUAUAAAGGACUUGGUGUCAAGGAGUGUCUGCUUGACCUUUCCAGAGAAAGGGUUCUUAUCUUAUUCUAAGCUUCUGCUGUUUUGUUUUAUAACAUACAAAAAAUCUGCCAGGAAAACUUACAUGGUUUAGAUUUUUUUAAAUGUAAAUAGAGAACAUUUUAUGGAUGCUCUAAUGAGCCUUCUGUCCUCUGGCUUUCCAAGGGGUAGCCAUGCCCAAGGGUUGACAGUGAUGGUUUCCUUUCCACACCCCUUAUUCUAGAAGGGAUUUUCACUUGAAUAAAAUAAUGCAGCUUAGCAAACCAGUUCAUGGCCUUAGAGAAACACGUUUGCAUGAGUUCUUACAAACUGUUUCUUACACUUUCUGGAAUGAAAAGUGAGAAUUAUUUUGAAGAGAUGAGUGACAAAAAACAAAACUGAUAAAACAGUUUUUUGAAGCUUGUGUAUUUAAAAAACAAAGCAAAUGUGCUAUGAUUCUUCUUUCAACUUGACUAUGCAGUUAUUUUCACAUGGAGCUUAUCUGUUUCACGCCUGCGUUUUCCAGUGAUUCACUCUACUAUAAGGAGGACAUGUUUGGUUCAGCAGUCAAUUUCUGUUUCUUUUGUUUCUUGAUUUAUCAAGGUUUUGUUGUUGCUUUUCUAUUUGAAUUAUAAAACCAUCAUUUGAAUAUC